AUGACAGCCGAGAACGCAAAUCCCCUGUAUCCCCCCCUAGCCCCCAGCGACGCACCACCGGACUGGUUCGUCCCUGACGCCAUGGUCGAUUGCGAAGGGGCACCAAGUCCUCCCGUUGCCGCGCCGUCUCCGCUGGACUGGAUCGCGUUCAGGACAGAAUUCCCACAGCUGGUGCCACUAUCACUGCUCGCUGGGAUACCCGGUGUCUCUUGCCCAGCUCCCGGGCCUAAUGCCGAGCCUGAUCCCGAGCCUGAUCCUGGCCCUGAUCCAAGGACAGAACUAGGGACAGAGAUAAGGGCAGAGCUAGGGACAGAGCACGAUUCAAGGACAGGACCAGGUACUGCACAAUCCGACGGGAUACCAGUUGGCGCCGCUCCAUCACAGAUGGAACUGAUAGUAUACCCCACACACUCCCAAGUGGCAAGGUAG